AAAAUGUGUGAUAACAACAAACCGACGGUUAAGGAAAUAGCCGAACUUUGUUUCAAGAAAUUCGAGUCGUUGCCGAAAACAGGAAAGCCCACAGCCAAUCAAUGGACCGUUUUGGCGGGAAUCGUGGAGUUCAACCGGGAAACGGAAACAUGUCAAUUAGUGUCCCUCGGAUGCGGAACCAAGUGCAUUGGAGAAUCUAAACUUUUUGGCAACGGCCUCAUCCUGAAUGAUUCCCAUGCCGAGGUGCUGGCACGUCGCGGCUUUCUGCGCUUUCUAUACCAGGAGCUCAAGCAGGAUAGGAUCUUCCAUUGGAACAGCACCCUAAGUACCUACGACUUGGAUGAGCACGUGGAGUUCCACUUUCUGAGCACCCAAACGCCUUGCGGAGACGCCUGCAUCCUGGAAGAAGAGCAACCAGGGGGACAGGCCAAACGCCAGCGACUGGAUGAGGAUUCCGAUAUGGUCUAUACGGGUGCCAAGCUUAUAAGUGACCUUAGUGAUGAUCCAAUGCUGCAGACGCCGGGAGCUCUGCGCACGAAACCAGGACGUGGAGAGCGCACUCUGUCCAUGUCGUGCAGUGAUAAGAUAGCCCGAUGGAAUGUCCUAGGCGUGCAAGGGGCUCUACUGGAUACCUUCAUCUCCAAACCCAUCUACUUUAGCAGCUUAAACUUUUGCUGUCACGAUGCGCAGCUGGAAGCUUUGGAACGAGCCAUCUUCAAACGUUGGGAUUGUCGAUCGUUUGAGCACCCGCGAUUCCAGCCUCAAAAACCACGGAUACGCAUCGAUCCUGGCAUAAGAUUUGAGUUUUCACAACGUUCCGAUUGGCAGCCCUCCCCCAAUGGGUUGACUUGGUCCCAAGUCCCUGAAGAAUUGAGGCCCUAUGAAAUUUCCGUGAAUGGAAAGCGUCAAGGAGUUACAAAGAAAAAGAUGAACACGCCUCAAGCUGCCCUGGCAAUCAGCAAGUACCAGCUGUUCCUCACAUUUCUUGAGUUACUUAAGCUCAAUCCUAAGCUAAGCGAUAAGUUUGAUCAACCGCUUUCCGACCUUGAGAGUAAUACAUAUGCAUCCUGUAAGGAGUUGUCCACGGAUUAUCACUUUGCCUGGCGGGAAAUUAAAGAGAAAUACUUCCUUCAGUGGACCAAAAAACCGCACGAGUUGCUAGACUUUACUGCAAUGCCAAAUAAAUGACACUUGAUGCCAAUAAAACGAGGAUAAGAUGUUA